ACGAAGGUGAUAGGAUAAAGGUGAUUGAGCUGCGUAGAAUGGUAUUCUCAGGGAGAACACAACACCCUCUUUGAGUUCUCCGACUAAACGUCAGGAUAGCCCUGGUCCCUUUCGGCCAACACGAUAGUCAAUAUUGAAGAAACUUGAAUCAUCCAGCAUGCGACAGGUGAAUAGCUCCUGAGUGAACGGGUGUAGGGAAUACACCUUGGAUGGUGUCUUUGAUGCUCUCAAAGGUCAUUCACGGGGUCUCAAUGAUUCGCAUUGUGAGGAAUUAACUGGCCCGGCCUGGAAGUAUUGAUUAUCUAUGAAUGGCGUUUACAUCCAAUCCGAUAUUCAUUCGUCUUCAUAUUCAUUCUAAUUCCUUUCAGAUGGUUGAGUUGUAUAUUUAUACCAGCCAUGCCCAACCUCCUUUACCACAGGCGCGCCAAGCUCUCGGCGAUUGCUGUGUUGCCUGUCUUAACUCCUCGCGUUUAUCUCGAGAAAAAAAAGACUUCUGCUCGCCAGCGACGCUCAACCCUCAACGUUUUGUCGCAUGUAGCCAGCCAUGCCGUCCCUCUUUAAAAAGCGAUUGAGCUGCUUCUACUGUGGCCGUCGAUCUGCUCAGUCUCAGCCCGAGCCCAUCCGCAAGUGGCAGUGUCAACAGUGCCUGGCAGUUAACCAUCUAGACGAGCAUGGCGAAAUCACCGAUCCUCCAGCUAGCGAAGCUUCUUCGGGAACUCGAUACACGCAAUACGCACAGCCCAUCCCCAGAGCAAGCUCCCCAGACCUCCCGGCUCUAGACUCGUCGUUGUUCUGUUCAACGUGCUUGAAAAACCAGCAUCUCCUCACUCAGACGCUCGCUUCAUACUUGCCGUCGCCGUCGCAUCCUGACUAUAGUGCCUAUGAAGUGUCGUACCCAUCGUACCGGAAGAGUCUGGAAGAGCGCUACCCACAAGUAUGUGAAUCCUGCGAGCCUCAGGUGCGCAAUCGCAUUCGGCAAGUUGGAUAUGCGGCGAAGUCGGAUCACCUAAGACGGAUGAUGGAAAAGAGUCGGCAUAAUCGCCGGGUGCAAGGCUGGAGCUGGAGGAGUAUGCUUGUUGCUGCUGGUGCUGUUUGCUUCUGGGUUAGUGUUGCUGGUCAACUUGCCUGGAACCUCAUGGGUGCGAUGGCUGCCGGCAAGACCUCUCAGAACCAAGAAUCCGAUGUCUCACUAUCUCUGGUGCCAUUUUGUUUUAAUAGAAUCUGGAAGCGCCAGCCCCUUUUCGAGGAAUGUUCUUCAGCCCUAACUCCCUUCGCAGGGGUGGCUUUGUUUCUGGGAAUGUUGUCAGUCUGGUGGAACCCGAAACUCAGGCAUAAGGUGGAAGGGAAAAGCGGACGACUAACUGGGAUGGGCGAGUAUUACAAGGCCCAACUGAUUGUUCUCGUGGUAAGAUUUGUCGCAUGGGCGUGUUUGCAGGACCCUUCAAUUACCGGUCUUAACCCAAAGCUUCCUCCUGCUAUCCAUGGCUUUAUGAGCAUUCUUACUAUAAUUUCUGUGGUUGUGCUGAGACGUGUUAUCAAAAUUGAUACCACACCUCUUGUCUCAUGGAAGGAUGACAUCGAACCUCUAGUAUCACAGAAACCAAAGGAGGACCAUUCAACCCAGUUACAGCUUGUCAGCCCACCAGACUCCCAAACCUCGUCCCUUGGCUCAGAGCCUGGCUUACAGAGGUUUCCGGUCAACAAGCUUGCACCAGCUGCAUCCACUGCCCCAGAUCCAUAUGUUCCCCCGUCUCCCCAGACGGAUAUCGUUGAUGACACUGAUGCGAUGGACUGGACGCCGUCUCAACAAUCACUACAGCUGAAUAUUACGCCCAAACCUAUCCUAGUUCGUCAAAGUCAAUUGCCGUCAGCUACGAGGAUGCCGUCUUUGGGGUCACGUAACCCCAGCGCAGUCCAGUCCAUCCUCAAAGCCCUAGGACAAAAGCCUAAUCCCUUUCGCAAUGCUCCAGUCUUAAAACCAAAAUUGUCAGCGAGUCAGGAAAGCCGAGCUACAUCUCCUCUGGAGACUAUCAUGGCUCCUCCAAAGUUCUUCCCACCAAGCGAUUUUGCAAAUGACACGGGAUUGGAAAGUCUCUUCGACAAAACUUUUUCAAUCAGAGACGAGCCGGUAGGUUUGCAGAGACAACAAUGGGCUUUAAGAUCUGGAGAGAGUUCUGCUCGUUCUUCUCGAAUUCUUAAAUGCGUACUUCUUUUCAUUUCUGUCUUUCUAUUACUGGUUGCCAAAGUGCUUGGAUUACCCUCAAAUUCCGUCGAGACCGCAGUUCUGGGAAUUUCAUUCCUUGUUGCGGGCUUCUCACUCCUUGAAUCCCUCAUGAGACCCUUGGCUGCCUGGAGCGCUAUCGAUAUAAUUCUGUCUGUUAUCGAACUGUUUGCUUGUGUCUAUCUAGCCGCGUAUCGUCACGGGGGUUCGUAUGACCAGUACAAAUUUGAUGCGGCAGGAAAAUCUCUGGUGGCUUUCAUGGUAGGACAAGAAAUGAUGGCCCUGAGCUCAUUUUCGCCGCGACAGUCAGAACCAUCGCAGCAAAACUCGACGGAACAGCCACCUCAGGACAAAAACUCGCAACAGUCAUCAAGCCAAUCCACCCAGCAUCAAACUCAAGCAUACGUAGGUCCCCACAAAAAGGCACCUGGCUUCCCGCCUUCUAGUCAACAAAAGCCCAUUACAUCUGCCCCUUACCCUGAUAUCAACCUAAAUGUCGGACUCAGAGGCGGAGGUAUCGCUCCGUCUACCUCUCUUACCGUCAUCAAUAACAACAACAGCCGUUUAAUGAGCAAUUUCAACUAUCCUGCCCAUCACCACUACACCGACCAAACCCAUAACCCUUCCUACAACUACCCUCCUUCCAUCUCCAACGACCCAACAGCAACACACCCAGCCCCGUUCUCCUCAAUUCCCCGACCACAACCCCUUGUUUCCUCGUCCUUCCCGUCGUUCCCGUCCUUCAACUCCACCCUUCCCGACAGUCUCCGUUUCUCACCGCCUUCAACUACCACAACUACUACCUCAGUCAGUUACGCGUCAGAAACUGCCUCUGAACCCCCCAGCCCCCAACAGAAAUAUGCAUCUCUCCCCUCCCUUUCUCCCGGGCGCCGCAUCCCUAGUCCAGGGAUUAGUGGGCUGACCUUGGAAGAUGAUCCGUGGCAGGAGCAGCAACAACAAAUGCAGACGCAGGCGCGGGUGCAGGCACAAGUGCGGGCGCAACCGCGGGCGACGAGGUAUGCAUUGCGGUCGCGUCGGGUUUGAAGUGUUUAUUUUCUUGUCUUAUAAUCUUUAUGCGCAGCUCUCUGUUUUGUGCCCUGUUGCUUUGGUGGUAAACCUGCUUUUAUGAAUCUCCGACCUCCUAACCUCUUCUUUUCACCAUUUUCUACCUCUUUUUCUACCUCUUUUUCUUUUUCUUUUUCUUUUUCUUUUCAUUUUAUCUUCACCGUUAUAGACGUUAAGAGAUUUCCAUACCGCAGAAAUAACUUUGUUUUGUAAAUCCUCAUGAAGCACAGAUCUCCCUUCCCCCCUUUGUCCAAACUCUCACAUUUCGAGAGCGGAUGACGAGAAUACGCUAGCGUUUGAAAUAUUCUGCAUUGGCUUUACGUUGCAUUCUGUUUGUUCCCCCUAUCUUUUCUUUGCGGGUUACUGGGGUAUUAUUCCGUUGGGUUAUAGGGUGAACAUUUCCGCUUCUUUUUUGCACAAAUUUUUCCUGAUAUAUGUGUAUAUCCUGUAUUUUUUCCUGUUAUUUAUUCAUGAAUAUCAGAGUAUAGAGACAUACAGCCUCACCUUGUUCCUGUUUCAAUGAAUACUAUUAGGAUGGAAAAGGAUAAUGCUCAACCUUGAAGUAGUUUCCUUGCCUCGGAAAUGCAUAUGAGAUGGUCUCCCUAACUUCUGGGAGAAGGCGAAAGUAUAUAUAUAUAUAUAUAAUAAUUUGACACAUGGUUCUCCAUGAUGAACCCGAAAAAAACAUAUAAAC